UUUCAGGUCCCCAAGGCACAUAUCCAUGCCUUUGGUGUCUCAUGCCAAGAAGAGAAAUGCAUUCCUCAAGAACAGCGGGCCCAUUUGAACAGCGAGAGACCACUACAUAAAUUUUAUUUAAAACAAUUUGUGUAUGUGUAUAUUAACAACUGUAUUAGACAUUUGUAAAUGAAGGAACUGCUGUAUCGCAUAACACUUCUCAUCAUAAUGUGUGCAAGAUGGAUUAAGGUGCAGAAAUACA